GCGAAAGGUCCCGCUCCCAGCAGCCUCCGCGGUGGGUACGUCGCCAUCUUGGAUUCGCGGGACGGGAAAAUUCAUGCGUACUGUGAGGAAAGGACACGACUCUAUGGUGAGGACUGAUGGACAUACAUUAUCUGAGAAAAGAAACUACCAGGUGACAAACAGCAUGUUUGGUGCUUCAAGAAAGAAGUUUGUAGAGGGUGUCGACAGUGACUACCAUGAUGAAAACAUGUAUUACAGCCAGUCUUCGAUGUUCCCACAUCGGUCAGAAAAAGAUAUGCUGGCAUCACCAUCAACAUCAGGUCAGCUGUCUCAGUUUGGGGCAAGUUUAUACGGGCAACAAAGUGCACUAGGCCUUCCAAUGAGGGGAAUGAGCAACAAUACUCCUCAGUUAAAUCGCAGCUUAUCACAAGGCACUCAGUUACCUAGUCAUGUAACGCCAACAACAGGGGUACCGACCAUGUCACUUCAUACGCCUCCAUCUCCCAGCAGAGGUAUAUUGCCUAUGAAUCCUAGGAAUAUGAUGAACCACUCCCAGGUUGGUCAGGGCAUUGGAAUUCCCAGCAGGACAAAUAGCAUGAGCAGUUCAGGAUUAGGUAGCCCUAACAGAAGCUCGCCAAGCAUAAUCUGUAUGCCAAAGCAGCAACCCUCUCGACAACCUUUUACUGUGAACAGUAUGUCUGGAUUUGGAAUGAACAGGAAUCAAGCUUUUGGAAUGAAUAACUCCUUAUCAAGUAACAUUUUUAAUGGAACAGAUGGAAGUGAAAACGUGACAGGAUUGGACCUUUCAGAUUUUCCAGCGCUAGCAGACCGAAAUAGGAGGGAAGGAAGUGGCAAUCCAACACCGUUAAUAAACCCUCUAGCCGGAAGAGCUCCUUACGUUGGAAUGGUAACAAAACCAGCAAGUGAGCAAUCCCAGGACUUCUCGAUACACAAUGAGGAUUUUCCAGCAUUACCAGGUUCCAGCUAUAAAGAUCCAACAUCUAGUAAUGACGACAGUAAAUCCAAUUUGAAUACAUCAGGCAAGACUUCUUCAAGUACAGAUGGACCCAAAUUCCCUGGAGAUAAAAGUUCAACAACACAAAACAACAACCAGCAGAAAAAGGGGAUCCAGGUGUUACCUGACGGCCGGGUUACUAACAUUCCUCAAGGGAUGGUGACGGACCAGUUCGGAAUGAUUGGCUUGCUAACGUUUAUAAGGGCAGCGGAGACGGACCCCGGAAUGGUACACCUUGCGUUAGGAAGUGACUUAACAACACUAGGCCUCAAUCUCAACUCCCCAGAGAAUCUCUAUCCCAAAUUUGCAUCGCCCUGGGCAUCUUCGCCUUGUCGACCUCAAGACAUAGACUUCCAUGUUCCAUCUGAGUACUUGACGAACAUUCACAUUAGGGAUAAGCUGGCUGCAAUAAAACUUGGUCGAUAUGGAGAAGAUCUACUGUUUUAUCUCUAUUACAUGAACGGAGGAGAUGUAUUACAACUUCUAGCGGCAGUAGAGCUUUUCAAUAGAGAUUGGAGAUACCACAAAGAAGAGCGAGUAUGGAUUACCAGGGCACCGGGCAUGGAGCCAACAAUGAAAACCAAUACAUAUGAGAGGGGAACAUAUUACUUCUUUGACUGUCUUAACUGGAGGAAAGUAGCUAAGGAGUUCCAUCUGGAAUAUGACAAAUUAGAAGAAAGGCCUCACCUGCCAUCAACUUUCAACUACAACCCUGCUCAGCAAGCCUUCUAAAAGACUUCCCUUUUCUUGGGGUAUGGCUGUCUCAGCACAAUACUCAACAUAACGGCAGAACUGAUGUGGCUCAGGCACCCUGGUUUUAAUUCCUUGAGGAUCUGGCAAUUGGCUCAUGCAAAGGUUCACUACGUGAGGACCUGCCUUACAAAUUCUGUGCUGCCCAACAACUAAAUUGGUCAUUUUUUGUUUUCUAGUUUGAGCAGGGUCUGGAUUUUCCCAUUUAUUUUAUCGUAUUUUUUUUUUUUUUUUGCCAGCGGACAGAUUUGGGUCUGUACAGAAAGACAAACCAGUACACUGACAGAAGUUGACCACUUAAGUUUCCAAAAUGUAAAGGGAAAAGAAAAAAUAACCAAAAACCAAAAAUCCUCCCCCACCCCACCCCAUCCCCGACCAAAACCAACGAAAAAUUUGACAAAAUUUGCAUUGUUCAUUGUAGCACUAUUGGUAAUAAAACAAAACGUUUGUGCAUUUUUAUGUGAAGAUCCUUCUCGUAUUUCAUUGGGAAAGAUGAGCAAGGUCUUGCUUCUUUCAUUUUACUUCCCCUUCUGUUUUUGAAAGGCAGUUUUCGCCAAGCUUAAUGCAAGAAUAUCUUGACUGUUUAAAGAAAGAUAUUGCCACAACCUCUGGAUGACUUCCUGGGUUGUGUAUUACUGAGCUUCAUCUUUCCAGAAUGAGCAAAACACUGUCCAGUCUUUGUUACGAUUUUGUAAUAAAUGUGUACAUUUUUUUUAAAUUUUUGGACAUCACAUGAAUAAAGGUAUGUAUGUACGAAUGUGUAUAUAUUAUAUAUAUGACAUCUAUUUUGGAAAAUGUUUGCCCUGCUGUACCUCAUUUUUAGGAGGUGUGCAUGGAUGCAAUAUAUGAAAACGGGACAUUCUGGAACGGCUGGUCAGGGGACGUCUUCGUCGCCUGUGCACUAAAAGGGCCAGAUUUUCAGCAGCCAAGGACAUCCAUACCCAAGUGAAUGUGAUGGGACUUAAAGAAGUGAACUGAGACAAUUCACUCUGGCUGCGUGAACAGCAGCGUUUCAUAGGAAGAGAAAAAAAAAAAUCAAUCUUGUAUUUUCUGACCACAUAAAGGCUUCUUCUCUUUGUAAUAAAGUAGAAAAGCUCUCCUCA